UCAGUCUGUCGUCUCCUCUGGACAAAUGGGACGAGGUGAACCUGGACGUGGACGACGGAGGACACAAGAGGAGACACGAGAAGCGCUGCACCUCCCACCACUCGUCCAGCGAACUGCUGUGGUCUGCUGAGUUUAAAACGGAUCCGCUGACGAAGAACUCCUUCGACAUGCGCAGCUUCGAUGAUCUCGACUUCAUUUCCUCCUCACAGGACUGCACGGUGUCCAGACAGCGCAGAAGGACUCGUUCCCUUCUGGCCAGACACGAGUCUCUGGAGGACGAGUUUGUCAGAGCAAAGGCUGCUGUGGAG